UGAAUUCUUGGAGUCCUUCUUCCUUGAGAUAGAAGGAGGGAUGAGACAGAAGCCCAUCCUUGACCACUACCUUGAAGAUGUCCCACUGGCAGUUAUAGCAUUGUUUUGAAAGGAAGCCUAUCUCCAGAAGUGUCUAAGGAAGAUGUCUUAUGGAUCCAUUGAUGGAGGUGGGUUUGGAAGCAGGAAUACCUUUGGAGGACCAUCAAGACAAGGAUAUCAGCCUUUAGCCACCCAGAUCGAUCCCAAUGAACUUCAGGAACUUUUUCAGAGUACAUCUGCCAGCAUUUUCCGAAUUAAUGCCAACGUGACGUCUCUGGAAAGAAGCCUUAAGUCUCUUAGGACAGAAAAUGACACACUGGAACUGCGCGAUAGCCU